CCAACUGGCCUAUAAAGACCAAAAAUUUCUUACUUUUUAACCUAGAUUCUUGUAACUGCUUUUUUGAAUUUUCAUUCGCCAACUUUAUUCUCUUUCUUGCCUUUAUUUACCCAUCUUCCUUCCAGUUUGUACCAUAAACAUAUCAACUUCUUCCUUUCUUCUUGCAAAAUGACUAUGACCAAGCCUAAAUCUAAUUCCCCCAGCCUUUCUAUCUCUAUAGUUUUUCUUCAUUACUUUUUUCAUUACUCUUCUUCCCUACGGGCUUGUCCAAACUGUGGCUCUAUGGAAGUUCCAUAUCCUCUGAGCACAAACCCCAACUGUGGUGACCUGAACUAUUAUUCUCUUCAUUGUGAUCCCCACUCUCAGAAGCUCUACUUCGAUGCCCUCAAUGGAAGUUCUUAUCUCAUCCUCAGAAUCAUGGCUUCCUUUCAGCGCAUGGUGGUGCAACCAUCGCCAUGGCUGGCUGGUACAUGCAUCACUCAAGACAUGCCAGAGAGUGAGGGACUCCUGUUAAACCAGUCACUUCCCUUUAACAUCACUUCAUCCAACACUAUCUUCCUUUUCAACUGUUCACCUCGUCUCUUGGUCUCUCCUCUCAAUUGCACUCCUUCUAGUCUUUGCCAUCGAUACCUAGAGAGCUCUGGCCAUGUCGAUGCAAAACGUGCACUCAAGUGUGCAAGUGGUCUCAACCCAUGCUGCACCUUUGUUGCAGGUGGCAUGCCAUCAGCAUACAAGGUAAGGCUGCACAGUUCAGGUUGCAGAGCAUUUAGAAGUAUCCUUGACUUGGAUCAGGAAAAACCUGCAAGUGAGUGGGAGGAGGGAUUAGAAAUUCAAUGGGCUCCUCCACCCGAACCACUUUGUAAAUCCCAAGUUGAUUGCUCUGGGGCUUCCAAGUGUUCGCCUGCUGACAAAAAUGGUGUCUUUCGUUGCUUUUGCAAUAGAGGCUAUUAUUGGGACCAUGGCGUUGGAGCUUGUUUAAGGAAGAAGAAGAACUUAAAAUCUGGCCUUGCAUUGAAGGUUUCCAUUGGGGUAUUCUCCAUUCUAACUCUUGCCAUAGUAAUGGUUGCAAUUUCAGUGAGAAAAUCCAGCAAAUUUUCUAACCAGGCAAAGCUUGCCAAGGCAAGAGAAGAGAUGUUGAAAUCAAGUAAUGGCGGGAAAUCUGCGAGGAUGUUUAGCCUGAAAGCAGUGAAAAAAGCAACAAGUGGCUUCUCUAAAGACCGGAUUUUGGGGAGUGGUGGUUUCGGAGAAGUUUACAAAGGUGAGCUUCAAGAUGGGACUGUUGUGGCAGUUAAGGCAGCUAAAUUAGGAAAUAUAAAGAGCACCCAACAAGUACUAAAUGAAGUGGAGAUACUUUCUCAAGUCAAUCACAAGAAUCUGGUAAGGCUCUUGGGGUAUUGCAUUGAAGCCGAGCAGCCGUUAAUGAUUUAUGAGUACAUAUCCAAUGGGACCCUCCAUGAUCAUCUACACCGCAAGUACUCCAUCUUUCUGGACUGGAAAGCAAGGCUAAGAAUAGCUUUACAAACUGCUGAAGCUUUGGCUUAUUUGCACUCAGCGGUCUAUACUCCUGUCUACCAUAGAGAUGUGAAGUCAACAAAUAUACUCCUGGAUGAAGAUUUCAAUGCAAAAGUUGCAGAUUUUGGGCUUUCCAGAUUGGCUCGCCCUGGUUUGAGUCAUGUGUCCACUUGUGCCCAGGGAACAUUAGGGUACUUGGACCCCGAAUACUAUCGCAACUACCAACUAAAUGAUAAAAGUGAUGUUUACAGUUAUGGGGUUGUGUUACUCGAACUUCUGACUUCCCAGAGAGCAAUCGACUUCUCUCGAGACCAAGAUGAUGUGAACCUUGCCAUUUAUGUGAGUCAGCGAGCUAACAGUGGUUUUAUCAUGGAAGUUGUGGACACACAGUUGCUUGGAGAGGAGCCUUCUGUUAAGAUAAUGGCUAGUGUCAAGGACUUCUCUGAGCUUGCACUUGCCUGUUUGAGGGAGAAGAAAGCAGAGAGACCAAGCAUGAAGGAUGUUGUUCAAGAACUCCAAUGUAUAACAGCAAUAGUAGACCAACAAGAAGCUUCUAAUGAGGUGGGUGCUGAGACUCUGUAA